AUGCCUGUCCUCUCGCGUCUCGUCCCAACCAUCGCCAGUGCCUAUGGCCUGCAAGCAAUCUUUGCACUCAUCUUCGUCCCACAGCAGAACGAAAAGUUCUAUGACUUGGGUGGUGCCGUUGGAUGGUUGACCACCACCUUUUUGUCCCUCUACUAUCCCUCUCUCAAGGCAAAGUACUGGGAUGCCAUUCCAGGGUCUCUCCCAGCGUUGUCGUCAUUCGCGCCAAGACAAUUGCUUAUAUCCGCUGCCGUUGGUAUCUGGUCGGUGAGACUGGGCAGUUUCCUUGCAAUGCGAGCUAUCAAAGCAGGGGGCGACUCCCGGUUCGAUGAAAUUAAAAAAAGCCCACGCAAAUUCACAUACUAUUGGAUGGCGCAAGCGACGUGGAUCACCCUUGUUGGCCUUCCGCUCUAUCUUGUAAACACCUUUCCCAGCCGCAUUCAUCCCGCCUUAGGCGCGCGUGACUAUCUUGCAGUUGGAUUGUAUGCGAGCGCUUUGUUGUUCGAGGUCAUCGCCGACCGUCAGAAAUCAGCUUGGAGGAAAGCCAAGAACAACAAGCAACACGACGAAGACUUUAUAUCUUCAGGAUUGUGGGGAAUCAGCAGGCAUCCGAACUAUCUCGGCGAAGUCGGAAUCUGGACAGGGAUUUGGGCACUUUCCACUUCGUCGAUUCAGACUGCGGCAUAUCCCCGUGGUACCAUUGCACUUGCAGCUUUGAGCCCCCUGUUUACUUGGUUUUUGAUCCGCAAUGUGUCGGGCGUUCCGCCACUUGAGCGUGCUGGCGACAAGAAAUUCGCCGGCAAUGCUAAAUGGCAACUGUACAAGGCCUCUGUCCCCAUUUUCUGGCCCUGGGGGUCGACCAAAUAA